GCCCGCAGCCAGCCGCUGCCAAGGGCUCAAAGCUGGGCAUGGAGCCCCCAGGAGCGGCCGCCUCGGCUGCCACAGAGACCCCAAUUGAGCGGGAGAUCCGUCAGAGCCAGGAGCGCGAGGCGAGCCUGAGACAGAGCCGGGGUUUGAGUCCCAACUUCGCCGGUGGAGAGUUGGUGGAAUUGCGUCUCCGGCCCAUCCUUAGUUUGCUGCCGGGGCCGGGGCCUGGACUGCCCCGGGACGUGGAGCGUGCCCGGGCCGGCGUCCAGAUGCAGCGCGACAUCGCGCGGGAGGCCCGCCGGGAGGAGGCGCUGGUGCGCCUGGGCUCGGGGCUCGGCGGCGGCCGGGAGCGCAGCCUGGGGCCGCAGCCGCUGAGUGAACGCAAGCUGCUUUUUGAGGCUGGGGGCGCGCAUACCUCGGCUGAGCCCGCGCCUUCCUCGGCUGAGCCCGCGCCUUCCUCGGCUGAGCCUAUGAGCCGGGGCCCCUCGUUCACCGAGGCCAGUGGCGCCGCCCAUGUGGUGGUUCUGGAGCAUCGCAGCCGGCUGCGGGGACCAGCCCUAGCUCAGGCUCCUGCUCCUGUUCCAUCCGUGGCUCCGGCCCGAAACUCAGCUCCAGGUGCCGUCCGGUUGCCGGCUCCGACCCCAGCUCUGGUCCCGGCCCCACGUGCCCCAGCCCUGGCUUCACCCUCUCCUUCGUUUGCCCCCGGUGUGGCUCCUGCCUCGCCAUCGGCGGUCCUACCUGCUCGGCCCUCAGUCCCAGUCCCAACUCUGACCCCAGCCCCUGAUCUGCCUUCCGCCCCAACCCGUCGAGGCCAACUGUCGCUGUUAGAGCAGGAGGUCCGAGAGGUUCGUCAGAGGGAACGGGAACUGCAGCGCCAGAGGCGCAGCAUCUAUGGGACCUCAGAGAUCAAGGAGCCAACCCCGAGUCUCAUGGAGAGCUCACCCUCUGGAAAGCUUUCAGUGGUGUGGCCCCCUCGACGGGACUCCGAGAACGGCAUAGAGCAGGAUUAUCAAGGUAGUGCCUUGUCCCAGAAUCGAGGGAAGAAGAACUUAAUCCAUUCCGGAGAGCCCCUCAGCCAGGAAGAGUAACUGAUCACCUGUCCCUUGCUUUAUUAACCUGUGCUGGGGAUCUUUAAUUAGUUACACUCCACCCCCUCCACUAACCCUGGCUGGGGGCUCCUGAUUGGCCACCUGUCCCCAAUGCUGCUGUGGCUCCUGAUCCAUCCAGAAAGGAGAAAGGAUACCUACUUCCUCUGUCCUCUCUGGACAUCAUAUCCAGGCUUCGACUGUUACAUGGCUCUGGAAGAGAGAACCCUCCUCAACCUUCUCAGCUCACUGUGCCAUCAAUAAACAUCCCUUCUUCCCA